AAAAGUUAAAAACGAACAUUCGGAGAAUUUCGCUCUUCUGCUCCUGUGGAGAGGAUGGCUCUGAAGACCGUGCCCAAGGACAUGCGGCAUCUGCGGGCUUGUUUGUUGUGUUCGCUGGUCAAGACUAUAGACCAGUUUGAAUAUGAUGGUUGUGAUAAUUGUGAUGCAUACCUUCAGAUGAAGGGUAACCGAGAGGUGGUGUAUGACUGCACCAGCUCUUCCUUUGAUGGAAUCAUUGCAAUGAUGAGUCCAGAGGACAGCUGGGUCUCCAAGUGGCAGCGAGUCAGUACCUUUAAGCCUGGUGUGUAUGCAGUGUCAGUCACUGGUCGCCUGCCCCAAGGAAUCGUGAGGGAGCUGAGAAGUCGAGGAGUGGCCUACAAAUCCAGAGACACAGCUAUAAAGACCUAGCAAGAUGUAUGGCUGCCAGUGUCUUUGCCACCGCCUCCUGCCUCUGCUUAUUUAUUG